GCCUAGCGGGUGGGGCGGACGGCCGCGCAUAGCAUGCUGGGAGAGCGGAGGACCCGGCUGCUAGUCAGUGUCAUGGCGACCGGCAGCGAACGGCUUAUUCGGGAGUUCGUGAUGAAUGCAACGAAGGAGUCCGAAGGCGAAGGUCAGCGCACUGGAGUGAUGAGUGACAGACACCAAAACGGCGGAGUAUCUCGCUCUUUGGAAAACUUAGGGCCCAUGAAAGAAGCUGCUGUUACCAUGGACAGCCAGGGGGAGGCACCGAUGCACCACCACACUGCUGUGACAAUGGAAUCUGCUGGAAAAACAUAUCCAGAAGAGGGAGGCUCAGCAAACCCUGCGGAAAUGAUUCCAAUCAAGGAGGGUAGCGAGACAUCCCGUAAGAAAAGCAAGAAGCAUAAAAGGCACAAAAAGAAAAAGAAGAAACGCAAGGAAGGGAAAGAGAGCAGCUCUGAAUCGGGGGUUGACUCUGAUCGAGAGGCACAAAAUCAGGCGAGUUUGAAGAACCAUUCCCUUACUGAAGAGGAUGGAAGCAGAUUUUGUCGUAAUGAUGUUCAAGAUUCAGCUGGAGGACUGAUCACAGAUCUGUAUGUGGAAAAAGAGGAUGGCAAAACUAAGAAACAAAAGCAUUCUAAGAAGAAAAAGAAGAAAAAGAGAAAAGGAGAGAAAAAGUCUCCUUCCCAUUCAAGAUCAGAGAGCACUUCUGUUUCUGGGUCUGACUCUGAAUUAGAGUCCAGGCCUUCCUUACCUUCCACAGUACCCUUGGACAUUAAAGAACGUGAGGAGCAACCCCAUCCUUUGAAGUACUCAGGCAAGGUUGAGACUCCCAUGAAAGCCUUGGUCAGCAAGCCUGAAGUGAAGGACUCUACAGUGAGAAUGUUGGACAAGCCAGAAGGGAGAGCAUCCCCAAAGAGAACCUUAGACAAGUCUGAGGAGAAGCAUGAACCCAUGACAGCCCCGGAUGGCUCGGAAGUCAAAGAGAUACCCAUGAUGCUUUCUGCUAAAUCCUUGGAAGUGCAUGGGGUGAUGGAGUCUUCCCAAUUCUUGGACAGUGGUGGGGGAAAUGUAUUAGAGAUUCCCUGCUCAGACAAGCCUCAUGAGAGGGCUUCUCAGCUGUCCUUUAGUGAAGAUAAUGGGAGCACUAGUUUUGAGGCUGAGAAUGUUAAAACCAAGGGAGUGACCCCAAAACAUAAUUUUGCAGAUAUUCAUAAACCGCCUGUUGAAGAUUCUUCCUUGGGGGCUGCAGAGAAUGUCAGUUUGGGGGAUACUGGGGAUCAAGUAAGUUUUUGCAAAGCUCAGGAUUUGCCUGAUAUAAUUCCUAAACUUCAGGGUACACCAGAUGAAGAGCCUGUUAAAGGAGAGUCUAUCUCAAAGGACAAAGAUGUGGAACCAGGCGACAAGCAUGAAAAGAGACAUGGAAGCAGCUCUAGAUCGCGGUCAAGAUCAGCCUCAAAGGCAAAAAAAGAAACAUCACAAAAAACCCUAUCCAAAAAAAGUCUUAGCCAGUCUCGAAGCCCAAAACGAGCUUCUGGUAAACCUAGUACUCGAAAAGAUCGUUCAUCAUCCAGAAGGAGGACUAGAUCUACCUCACGGAGGAGGAACAGUCCUCGGAGGCGCUCCAGGUCUCAUUCAAGGAGACGUAAAUCUAGAUCUCGAUCCAUCCAGAGGUCAAGGCGCAAAUCUAGAUCCUACUCUCCCAAGAGGAUUCAAAGAUCCAGCUCUCGCACGCGUAGGCGGUCAAAGUCAAGGUCUCCGCGACGCAAACGUACCCGAUCCCGUUCGGUUGUGCGGGUGCGUCGGUCUCGGUCACGAUCUCGUUUUAAGUACAGACAGUCGCGAUCCAGAUCUAAGAGAUCUCGUUCUCGUCGUAGGUCACGCUCUGCAAGGAGGGGCAGACGUUCAAGGUCCCGGUCUCGGUCCCAUUACAAGAAAUCUGUGUCCCGUUCCAGAAGGUCACUGUCUAGGUCCUAUAGGCGGGCCAGAAGGACUCGCUCCAGAUCCAUUGUUAUCCUCAGGCGAUCAAGAUCAAGGUCUCUCCUAAGAAGAUACAGACGAUCAAGGUCAAGAUCUUUAAAGCGGAACAGAUCAAGAUCCCUGAGAAGACGACGAUCUAAAACUCGGUCACCGCGGCGAUCUAGGCGUUCUAGGUCUCGAUCGAGGAAGCGACGGUCAAAAUCUCGAUCUCUGAGGAGAAACAGGUCGAAGUCAAGAUCAGUUCAGCGCAAUAGACGUUCCAGGUCGAAGUCUCCAAGCAGACGCCAUCGGUCAAAAUCUAAAUCUCCCAAAGGUGACCGAAAACUAUCUAAAUCACCUGAGAGAAGUAAACACUCAAAAUCUGCUUCUCCCAGUAAGCCCAAAUCGAAAUCUGGAUCUGUUUCCAGGGAGCAGCAGUCAUCUGAAGCCAGUCAGUCUUCAGCUGAGGAACCACAAGGCCCUAAAGCAACAUCCCCAACCCUAGAAAAUGUUGAUCUCCCAACACAGGAAAUUCAGGUGGAAGAUGAUUUUCAUGUCAGCAAUGAGGAACCAAGCCUUUUCACAGAAAUAAGUUCUGCAACUGUGAGUACGGUGAAACAGUUUGUGGAAGAGGAAAUCGCCUCAACCUUUUCUGUAUCUGAGGAAAAGCCCUCUAAUGUGUCAGUGGAGAGUAGUGUUGAUACGGAGGCAAGUGUGACUGCAGGCUUCUGGAAGCCCGUACCUUUCUUGAGUAUCUGUAAGGAACCACCUGUUUCCACAGAAUCUGUUUUCAGCCCAUCUUCUGAGGCUAGAAUUACAAUUGAAAUUCAACCACAUGAUUGUUUACCAGUGGGUCUCACUGAAAAGUGUGUACUUCCUGAAACCUCAUCAAAUGAGCAGGGUUUAUCUGAUCUUAAGCCUCUGCACACUGAAAUUGAGUCACCAGUCUCUGAAAAAAAUGAUUUCCACACCACUGAAUGGCCAUGUGCCGUUGAGGAUAGAAAUCAGCUCAUUACCAGUAGAUCAAGGUCUGUCUCACCACAUUCUGACAAUCCAUCAGAACCUUUCCCUGAGUUACCAGACAGCUCUGUGGCUGAAGAGCCAGAUUCUUUAGCUGCUGAAGUUGAGAGACCUGCAGUUGACACACAAGCUCCCAAUGACCACAGAAGUUCUGCACCAGGGACCCCAACAGAGUACAUACCAGAAAUUAAAAUUCAGCUAGAUCGUUCAAGAUCACAGUCAGUUGAACGUGCAAGUGAAGAGAAGCCAUCUGAAAUCAAAUCUCCAUCUGAAGGUCCAAAGGAAAAACUACCUAAACUGCGGUCCUCGAAAUCCCCCUCCAGAAAGACACUCUCAAAGUCUAGAUCUUCCUCGAGAAGAAAGAAAACAAAGUCACGAUCUCCCACUCGUCGAAAGCAUUCAAGAUCCAGCUCAUCUUCUGUUAGAAAGCUUUCUAAUACUCGAAGGAAGAAGUCAAAAUCCAGAUCUCCAGUGCGGAAGAGGAAAUCCAGAUCUCCAUCGCACAGUAGAAAAAGGAAGUCUAAAUCUCGAUCUCCCACAAGGAGGCGGCGCUCAAGAUCCAGAUCAACCAGGAGGAGAAAAUCAAGAUCAAAAUCUACAGCAAGAGUGAAGGGUUCAAGGUCUCGGUCUACAAAAAGAAGGCGUUCAAAAACCAGAUCUCCCGUGAGAAAGAACCGUUCGAAGUCUCGCUCACCUCGGAGAACAAAGCGCUCAAAAUCUCGGUCUGCCACGCGAAGGAGGAAAUCCAAAUCUGCAGAAAAAUCGAAGCGUUCAAAAACCCGUUCCCCCACUAGGAAGAGACGGACAAGGUCCCGGUCUGCAACUAGGACUCGGCGUUCAAGGUCGAGGAGGUCGCGAUCACUCUCUAGACGGAGAAGAAGUUUCCGCAGUCGUUCUUUUGAUCGACGGGACCGUUGGAAGCGUGAGCCAAGUCACUCCCCCAUUCUCAUCCUCCGCAAGAAGAGGUCCGCCUCCCGUUCUAGGCGCAGCUCCAGCAAAACCCCACCACGGCUCACAGAGCUCGACAAGGACCAGUUGCUGGAGAUUGCCAAGGCAAAUGCAGCUGCCAUGUGUGCCAAGGCAGGGAUGCCUAUCCCAGAGAGCCUGAGACCCAAGGCUAUCCUGCAGUUGCCUCUGCCAACCCCUGCUCCUUCACCCCUGAAUUUGCCCUUGCCUCUGCCUAUGAACCUUCCCAUGAGUCUGCCUAUGGGCAUGCCCAACAUCAGCAUGAAUGCGGCAAUGGCCACCAUGACGGCUGCCACUAUGACAGCUGCUUUGACCAACAUGGGCGCCCUGGCGAACAUGCCCGCUCUGCCAACUAUAACAAACAAGCCCCCGCCUGUGCCCGUGCCCAACACCGCUAAUAUUGAGGAGGCAAAGAGGAAGGUGACACAGACGGCUAACAGCAUCAGCAUCAAGGAGCUCACAGAGAAGUGCAAGCAAAUUGCAGAGAGCAAGGAGGAAAUGGCCAUUGCCCAGCCUCAUGUUUCUGAUGACGAGGAUUAAGUCCUACCCGUUCCCCUCUCUCCCCCCGUCCUUCUGUGAUGCCUGCACCCGAUUGCAUCUGCAACAUCUUACAAGGAGCAGCAUUUAGAAGCCUUCUUGCCUUGCGUCAUGGUGUUAUUAGGGUCAUUGGAUCAGAACAAGGAGGGAGGGAGUCUGCGUGUCUGGGACAAUGGAAGGAAACCAUGCAGCACAGAGAAGAUGAGGGCUGCAACCAACCAAGAUGACUGCAGUGCAAGUGUUAGAGCACCAACUGUCUUUGCCCCUGCACCUUCCAGGUUGGAAGCACCUGCCGAGAGCGACUUUCUCUAGGGUGCAAACCAGGGAUUCGGCAACUUUCAUCAUUCUAGUCCCCCCAACAAACGUGCGUUUCCAGGUUUCUCUUCUGCCCACCUGAGUUCAGGGGAGGAAAAACAGCACACCCUCGUUCUCAACCACAACACCUCACUGGGGUAAUUGGAGACUAAGGAGAGACUAUUUGCCCAAAUUGAUACCAAAUUGGUCAGCAUAUUUACUAGGAUACCUUGUGAUUUGCCGUACUUGAAUUUUUGCUUUUAUUUUGCUUUUAAGUCAUUUUUAAACCCUUCAGCUGCUGGCGGGGCAGCUGAAUGACUUACUGUCUUGGUGCAAAUUCAGUAUUAGUACACCCUUAGGCCUUUCUGGGACUCCAUGUGUGGGAAUAUAACGAAUAAUAAAUAAAGGAGUAGACAGUGUCCAAUUAAAUAUUUCUUUGGCAAAUUUUAAAUGUUUCAAAGCUUCCGAAGUUUUGACACUUGUCCAGAAAUCGACGCAAAUAAUGCUUAACUAGAUAAUUGCCCUGAAGCACCUUUCUGUAUCAGGGCCAGUUCUGUAGAGUGUAAUUAAGAACCAGUCAUCAGCUUCUUAGUUCAAAUUCACUUAUUAAAAAAAAAAAGGAAAAAAAAUAUACUGAAACUGCAUACAAACUUUUUUUGACAAAUUCUUUGUGGUCUGAUGCUUUUGACACCUUUCCUGUGUAAUUUGUGUGUUAUUUUUUGUGUAUUUUGUGCAUCUUUACAUGCAUUAACACAUUGCUUAAUUUUAUUUUUCCCUCUCUGGAUGCUAAUUCACUGGUUGGACAAAGUGAUGUCUGUCAGAAUUCGGUUAAAGACCCCCUGAGGUGCUUUGAGUGCCCCCCAGGAUCGUACCUCGGGGAGAUAAGGAAGGGAGCAUAGGGUUGCCUGAUGACUUUGGGAUAUGUAUCUAUAUAUAUAUACACACACUUUUUUUUUGCUUCCUAAUCAUCGCAAAUGCUUCUGCGCUGAAGUUAAGUUGAAAUAUGGGCCUUGGGAACGUUGCCCGUCGUAACCGUAUCACCCCCUUGUUGCUUGUUCACGCACGCGCAUAAUCACAUGUGCAACGCACAUCCUUGCAUAUAGCUCAGGUGGCAUGUGCUUUACUGUAUUUCCUACGGCCGGGUUGUGCUGUAGCUAUCACUCGACCAAAAUUACUAAGCUUGCGCUGGCAAAUGAAUGAGGUGACCGUCUGGACAGGUGUCGGGGGGAUUGCCUGUGAAGACUGAAGGCAGUCCUUUUGGGCUGCUCCGUGGACAGGUAUUACCUCGCAGCCUAGAUGUUCCCGGUGAGCAUUUUCGCUCGGCUUAGCAGGAUAUCUGCAAGCGCAGAACCACGACGUUCCUAUUUGGGUCUUCGAGUGUGCGAGAGUAAGGUUCCCACACUGGGUUAUUUUGCUAUCUGGACCUCUGUUUAAAAGGCAGAUUUGAUUAAGGGUCUUGAUUCAAGGUUCACCACACGUUGUGUCCAUUGUGAUGUCCGGUCUAGUAAUUCUGUAUGAUGUUAGUACUCCAUCCUACUGUUGAACCAGACCUUCUAAAUAAAACAUCUGGCUCUGUCUUUUUAUAUUCUGUAAAAUGUCAUUUUAGUAUUUUUUAAAGCUGUUAGUUGGUUUGCUUUGUACAUAAUGCUAUGUGGAUUAUUAAAGGAAGCCCUGAAAACUA